ACUAUUUAUUUAGUUUGUCGGCAGUAAAGCUGUAAAGUGGACGGUUGUGUCGUUAUUUAUUUUGAAAAUCUUCAUGGCGUGAUAAAUAAUUCAUUAUUAGUGCAUUGCAGUGGUGGCUCCUCACCGCUGAUAUUUAACAACCUCAUGAAUACGUUACGAUUAUUAUUAGACACGUUUUGGGAUGAAUCUGUUUGGUUGCCUCCUAAUACUACAUGGGAAGAUCUGGAGCCGGGUCCUGACAAAGUCGUGAUUUACAAUGACUACCGGCAUCUUUUUUAUCCGUUGCCGCUGGCGUUGGUGCUUAUAGUAUUACGGCAUGUACUGGAGAAGUACUGGUUUGCACCGUUUGGAAAAUCAAUAGGUAUUAAAAAUACCAGACCAAAGAAAGCACCUAACAAUCCUAAAUUAGAAAAUGCAUAUCAAGCAUCGUCCAAACUGAAACAUAAACAGUUAUUAUUGCGGAAGGACGAGAUAUGUGCACUGGCGAAGCAAGUGGACUUAUCGGAGAGACAGGUGGAAAGAUGGUGGCGUUUACGUCGCAGCCAAGACAAGCCCUCCACCCUGGUCAAGUUCUGCGAGAACUGUUGGAGAUGCAGCUUCUAUUUGUACAACUUCUCGUACGGUAUGUUCAUACUAUGGGAGAAAACUUGGCUGUGGGAUAUCGACCAGUGCUACAUUGGCUAUCCCCAUCAGGGCGUGACCGGUGACGUGUGGUGGUACUACAUGAUAUCGUCCGCCUUCUAUUGGUCGCUGACCAUCUCGCAGUUCUGGGACGUCAAGCGCAAGGACUUCUGGCAGAUGUUCGUCCACCACAUCGCCACCAUAGCGCUGCUCUCGUUCAGCUGGGUCUGCAACCUGCACCGGAUCGGAACCCUGGUUCUGCUGACGCACGACUGCGCGGACAUAUUCUUGGAGGCGGCCAAGGCCACGAAAUACGCGAGCUACCAGAAGCUAUGCGAUUUCCUUUUCACGAUCUUCACUCUGUUAUGGAUAGUGACGAGGAAUGGUAUUUAUCCGUUCUAUAUUAUUUGGAGCACGUCAAUCCGAGCACCGAUGUUGCUUCCAAUGUUCCCUGCCUAUUACAUAUUCAAUUCCCUGCUCUGUUUGCUGUUGGCCCUGCACAUGGUUUGGACCUGGCUCAUAGUUCAAGUCGCCUACAAGUCCAUAAGCGCCGGGCAGAUGGAAGGCGACAUUAGAAGCUCCAGUUCGGAUAUCAGUGACAGCUCUCAUCAUUCAAACCACAGCACGCCCAAUCGCGUUCGAAGUAAAAAAGACGCGUAAGGUCACUUCAUGUGUAUUGGGGUAGAUGAGGGGGAGGGGGGUGACUCUGUCCCUAGCACCGGACUCAUCACUCCAAGGGUCAUGACGUCACAGUAUCCUCAGGUGUUCAGACAAAACGUCCGGAUUACUCUGCACAGACAACUCUUUGCGUCCUUAAUUUACGUAUAUAGAUAUCGAUGGGUGAAAGACUAUUUAUCUUUAGGCGACAUUUUUGUAAACAUUACAGGAGAGUCAUUUAAAGUUUAAUUUUUGGAAGAAAUAUCAUUUAAAUAAAAACUUGUUUAGCUAUUUGAAUGGAGGAAACUUAAUUGAAGUUCAAUUAAUAUCGAACUGUUGACGCUAAUCUAUAUAUAUAAAAAUGAAUUGCUGUUCGUUAGUCUCGCUAAAAUCGAGAACGGCUGGACCGAUUUGGCUAAUUUUGGUCUUGAAUUAUUUGUAGAAGUCCAGAGAAGGUUUAAAAGGUAGAUAAAUAUCAAAAUUCCUUUUGUUUGUUUAAGUUUAUUUUAUACAAAAGUUUAGGUCUUUUAUUUAUCGAUUGAGGCACUACGAAGUCUGCCGGGUCAGCUAGUACCGAAUAAAACGCGCCUUUAAUUACAAAGAUAUUUAUCGCGUGUUAAGCGAAAUGUCGCUUAUACCAAAUUGUCUUUCACCCCUCGAUAUAUACGAGAACGUGUUAAGGACGUUACAAUCGUCUGUAAUAUCAGUUAGUUAAGCUCGUUAGAUAGUAUCGAAGAUGGAAUAUUGUAAAUAAUGAAAGGGAACGGUGAUUUUGAAAUUGUAUUCAUUAAUUAUCAUAUACAGGGGUGAAAAGCUAUUUGGUUUAAGCGAGAUUUGGCUUUUGUUUUUCCUACCUAUGCUGAUAGCCUUGAGAGACUAUUUCAGCUUCACCCUAACGUGUAGGUGAGCUUACGGAGCUUAAACCGGGGUGUUGCUAACACUGGCCCUAGCAAGAGCAGUGCUUCGCAGAAUCUACCACCGGAUCGGAAACGCGACCCACUGAGAACAUCCGGCGAGAAACUCAGUAGGCUGUGUCUGAGGGUUAAUUUACUCGUCGAGCCCUUCGUCGCAAACGACGGGUUCGACGAGGACGGUAACCGGUGCUUGAGGUACCGAAAAGCACCGUUAAUGGAUCGGGAGGAUCCGUAAUGACGUGUGCUUUGCUUAAUAAAAUCGACAUUUAUCUUUGUAUCUGAAGGUGCAUUCAAAUAGAUGAAGAAGUUUUUGAAGUUAUACUUCUUUAGGCGCGUUAUGAAAAAUUGAUGAGAGUGAAAUUUUACGAUGCGCGCGCACCGUGACACAAGAUUAACAGAAAUGAAGUUGCCCACUAAAUCGCUCAUUACAAUACGACCGACGUAACUUGGCGAGUCUGAAUAUAGCCGCAGGUGAACUUUCGCGCAUGUACAUUCGUAAAAAAAAGUGUUAUUAGCAUUCAUCUUUUAACGUUAAAUAUUUAUUAUUAAUUAUUUGAUAUUAAAAAAAAAAAUUAAUAAAAAUAAAGUAUAACUUCUUACGCGCGUACAUAAGUACACGCACCCCUUUUUUUCAUGAUAUUUUUUCCAAAUUUUAAACUAUAAAUGGCUCUCCUGUAAAGUUGCAAAAAUGUCGCUCAAACCAAAUAUCCUUACACCCCUCAAUGUUAUUAUAUUGGUGCAAGCGAAUAGCCUAUGCAGGUGACAGAUAACAUUCAAUAUUAACAGUUUUAUAUAAGUACAUAUAUACUAAUGAUUAUUAAUAUAGUAUAUAAAAUAUACGCUUAAUGCAAGCCUAACUAAAAGUUAUGAUGGUCAUGUUUUUUUAUUUAUAGAUUAUCUGAUAGUCUAGGUCAGGGGUCGGCAAUUUUUGGCUCUUUAGUUCCAUACGCAAAUAUUAUAUAUUUUAUAAAAAAAAAAAACCAUUUAAAAAUUGCUCUGAAUCGACUAACGAGAAUUGGUCACUAUUUCUAUCUCUCAGCCCAUCGUUGUAAGUAAAUGUGUAAUUGUUUUCAUUUUUUACUUAAAUAAUAAGUGAAUAUCUAAUCUAUAUAUAUGUAAAUGAAUUGCUGUUCGUUAGUCUCGCUAAAACUCGAGAACGGCUGGACGAUUUGGCUAAUUUUGGUCUUAAAUUAUUUGUGGAACUCCAGAAGGUUUAAAAGGUAGAUAAGUAUGAAAAUGCUCGGAAUUAAAUAAAAAUAACAAUUUUGUUUUUCCUUUGAUGUGUCCCCCGUCGGAAGGAUUCCUUUUGUUUGUUUUAACUUUAUUUUAUACAAAAGCUUCUUCAAAAAGUUCUUUUAUUACAUACAUACAUAAGAAUAAAUAGAUAUUUUUCUUAUGAAUAAUUAGAUUCGUUUUUUUUUUUCAAAAAAUUAUUUAAGUAAGAACUAUUUACUGUUAGCAAAAAAAAAUUUGGGGCUCUUUAAAAACUUUGAAAUUUUGAAAAUUGUAAUUUUUGGCUCUUCCGACUGAUUCAAAAGGUUGCCGACCCCUGGUCUAUGUGAACCCGGUAGCAUAUACUGGAUUAAAUUAAUUGUUUCUUCCGGGCACAUAAAUUUUAAAUUUAAUAUAACGUUUAUCACAUGUGACAUUUCAAAUAUUUUACACAUUAACUUUACACAUUUUUUUUGUUUUAAAUAUUCCACCGAUUGUGUUGAACCUCGCAUGGUAUUCGGCGAUAAUUUGUUAACGUUGGAAUUGUAGUUUUUUUUUUUAAAGACUCACAGAAUAUGAGAGCGUUAAACUUAUUCCUAAUAAAUUAGCUAGGCUAACCAAAGUUUCGUUAUGAUAAUUAAGAUUUUUUUUUUUUAAAUUACCCCCAAAAUAUUUGGAUAUGUUGUGUUGCCAGUAUUGGAAAAUUAUUAUACAUCAAAAAGUAUAUAUAAAUAUUUAAUUGUCUAAUUGUAUACAGUCAAAACCGUUUACUGCGACAUCGUUUAGAACAACAUUCCGGUUAUAAUAACCUAGAACAAAGGUCCCGGCUGAACGCUAUAUGACCGCCUUAUUAAAAACAUUGCUUUAUACGACAUUGCUUAUAACGACAUACCUCAUAAAACGACGACAUUUAACUAAUAUUUCGGAGAAUUAGAUCUGUUAGAACGAUCGACUAAGCUGUAUUGUAAACAAUUUGAAUAGGUAUCCACAUUUGUCUUCAAUGGCUAUUAAAAUCAGGAAAGAAAACAAUAGGAUUUAGUUUAGUGUAGGGUAUUUUCUAAUUCUUAGAAACAAAAUACGUGCAUGCAGUAGAGUCAAAGCCCGCUUCUUCAUAUCUCUUUAGUUAGUUUGUUACUUAUCUAUACACAAGACGCACCAAAACUUUGUGGAGUUAUUCGUGAAACUUUCAAAAUGUUGCAAAGAAAAAGAAAAUGCUGUUAGUGUAUUAAGAAAGAUUGUUCUUUCUAAUGAACAUUUCCACAUCCACAGCAAUUAUGACGAUACGUUAAUUACAAAAUAUCUAUGCACAACAGAAGUGUUCCAAACAGACCAAAAUUACAGAUUUUAUGCUCACAGAACAAUAAUAUGCAUUGUACUUAUGUGUAUGUAAUAAGUAAAAUGUAUAUAGUUGAAUAAAUAUAUUUUUCCAAUAAUUCCCUAUCGAUUUGUUUGUACUUGCACGAUACACAUUAAGCAUCACCGGUUGUUACGACUAUCGGUUUUUACGACUGAAUAUGAGCAGUCCCUUCGAUGUCGUUAUAACAGAUUUUGACUGUAUUACAAUAUACAAUUAUAAUUAAUAUUGUAUAUUACAAUUCAUUAUAUUAUAUAUAUUAGAAGAUAUAAACAAGAAUUUUACCACCGCAAAUUCGAUUAUGUCCCAGCGAUACCUGGCAAUUAAAUACUUAAGUCACAACGGACGCCUUAUAGCUAUAAAUUUUUAUAUUAAUCCACAUAUUACUAAUGCUUAGCGAGCAAUUUUUUUAAUUUACUUUUGGGACCACUAAUCUUAAUAGAAGAUUUUUAUUUUUUAUUGCAUAGAUGGGUGGACGAGCUCACGGCCCACCUGGGGUUAAGCUAUUAUCGGAGCCCAUAGACAUCUACAACGUAAAUGCCGCCACCCACCUUGAUAUAUGCGUUCUAAGGUCUCAGUAUAACAUUUAUGUUACGUUGUCAAGUAUAGUUUUGUGUUUUUUUUCUAUAUUCUUUUAACUAGUCCUCAAUUUUUAGAUCUGUAAUGACGAUUUCAUGAAUUCAGUGUUGAAGAAGAAAAUCCUAAAAGAAAUGCCCCACGGAGGACUUUUUUUUAGAUUAAUACGAGGCAAAGAAUUCCAUGAUAGGAUGCUCGAACAUAUCAACAAUAUUAUCAUUUUUGCUUUAUGCAGCAUUGUUUGUAUUUAUAAAAUAAGUCCAAUUAAACGGGUUUUUAAUACUUACCGCCAAAGGUGCUUGAAACUGGCAGAGCAUCUUUCGCCUUUUACAGCGACGGAAACAUGAAUUGAUGCUUAUGACAGCUGUCAAAUUAUAGCACAAAACUAUGGAGGGUAGAAGUAAGAGGGACCAUCUCAGUGUAUUAAAAGUGUCCCAUGAAAGGGAGCCAAUUAAGGUGGCGCCACUGUAGCAAGUGGAAAGAUUUUUUAUAAACAGCGCCAUAAGCUAUUACAGUAGGAUAUUAAAUUAAGAAUUAAAGAAACGCUUCUUACGUAAAUACUAAUCUAUAUAUUAAUACGUGAAGCAAAACUUUGUACCCCUUUUUACGAAUAUUGCGCGGACGGAGGAGUAUGGAAUUUCCCACACUUAUAGAGAAUAUAGAGAAGGAGUGCAGAAUAUUAAUACAUAUUUGUUUAAAAUUAUGCAUAAAAAUUAAUUAAAUCAAUAACAAAACAUUACACACACUACCAUGUAUUUGACACACACACGCAUUAAUACUAUUUGUUUAUUGCCAAACUUUUCUUAUUGCUUAUAGUCUGUUGUCAAAUUGAGAAUAGAUUAAAUAUUGUUUGUCUUUAUCAUUAUUUGUCUAAAGUGUAGUCUUGGCGAGAUCUGUGAUUAAAGAAUUAUAAUAUACUAGUUUUUGCCCGCGACUUCGUCCGCGUGGAAUAGUUACUUUGGCAUAACGCUAAAUUUUACCCGCGACUUCAUUUACAGCACUCAGGAUUGGAACUUCAUUACUGAACCGGUAGAUGGCGUUGAAGAAGCUAGAUUUUGAGAUUUUUUGACAAAAAAAUUUUCGUAAAAAAGUUUUUCGUAAAAAAAAUUUCGUAAUUUUUUUUUUUUCUUAAUAAAAAGUAUCCUAUGUUACAUCUAAUACCUCCAAGAAUAUGUGUACAAAGUUUCAUGAUGAUCGCCUGAGUAGUUUUCGCGUGAAAGCAUAACAAACAAACUUACAUUCACAUUUAUAUAUUAGUAGAAAUUAGUAUUUGACAAUAGAACCAUAAUAGUGUACAAACUUAUAAUUUGAAUUAAUUAUAGUCGAAUUUCGACUACCGGGGGACUACUAGUAAAAAUAAAUGGUUGCGAUUUUAAAUACAUACUGCAUAUCUCUUAACUACACAAUUUACGAAAAACAUUAUAUUUAUUCAACCCAGCACACUUCACUAAAACUGCUAUAUUCAUAUCGUUUCCAUUUGCUACACUAGCGCUAUUUCGCCGAGUUUUCCAACAAUAACGUGCUUAUUACAUGUAGACACUUUUAUACCUAUUCGCCUAAGGGGCAAUUCCAGCUACGUCCGGACGGGUAGGUGAGCUCACGGGUUCAAUCUAAAAGAAUUUGCUAACACUAGCCCCAGCAAGAGCAGUGCUUCGCAGAGUCUACCACCGGAUCGGAAUCGCGACCCACUGAGAAGAUCCGGCGAGAAACUCAGUGGGCUAUAAGAUGUGCUCCUUACCUCUACCUUCCAUACACAAAACGAACGUUCGAUUCAAAGCCAUCCCGUGCUCACCACAUGCGUCAAACGAUUUGAAUAUCAUUUCUAAUUGUAAUCACAAUUAUUUGUCACAAUAAAUCACAAUUAUAUAUUUUGUAAGUCUGAACGUUGCAUAUCGUUUUCCGAUUAGAACUUGUGCUUAUAAUCAGGUGCUUAGUUAAAUUUACGUGAGUAAUUGUAAGAUUAGAUUUUCGUAAUUAGAUUAUUAAUAAUAUUUUUUCCCGGACUGUUCCCGGAACUCACUGGUACGAUAACUAGAUUCGCUCACAUAUGCCAUUUCGGGGGCGAAAUAUUGAAUCGUACAAUAAUUCUGGAUAAUUUCAGUAAAAAUAGCACGUAAGCGUUAUUUUAUCUGAAAAGCCUCUGUAUUUAUCUUAACUGUAAGCUUUUUCACUUUUCGCUCAUCCUGUAUUUGGACCUAAUGUCCAUUGAUAUUCAUGAUAAAACCAAUGAAACACGAUCAAAUUGGAUAUGUUAAAAGUUUCAUAUUUUUUAUAUCUCACCACUAAAGCUCAGAUUAAGCUCGACUAAACUCGAUUUUGAGACGUUGCGAUGUGUGCACUGCGCAAUGUAAUGUAAAUUUCUCCGCAAUCUCGGGGAAAGUUAACGCUGCUUGUCUUGUCUAUUGAAGGUAUAAGUUUUUGGCGGGAACGCGAACAGCGAAGUUACGUGUAUUGUUUUAUUUUAAUAAUUCAGUGUCUCUUCAGACUUAAACGUGUAAUAACGAUGGCUCAUUAACCGUUUGGUAUCUGGGAAAGUGCACAAGUGCGUCACAACGAAAUACAACUCUCGGAAGUGACUACUCGAUUUCUUCAAAAAAUCCUAAGUAAUACUUCUCAGUUUAGUACCACGAUUAAACAUAUCUAUGCUAUCUCGUUUUUAAUUGAACCUUUUUGUAUACUCGACACUGGCAUAAUGGUGUCGCAAAAAGCCAAUGCCCAAAUAAAUAAAAAAUGAACGACCAAAAUGGCGCGUAACAUUGUGCUAUGGAUGUACUUUGGUGUGCACUUAACAGUAAUUUUCCUGUAAGCAGUAAUAAAACAAAUUUGAAAUGUCUAAAAUUUUAACCAAAUUACUAUAAAUAUGUAUAAGCACUUUGUUUGCAUUUAUUUAUUACAUUUAUCGGGUGCAAAUUAGUAAUUUAGAAACUGUAAGCUUACGUUUAUUUUUAGAGAGAUAAAUGCUAUAUUUUUACACAUUGAAGGUGGUCUAAUUAUUAAAUGUAGAAAAUAAAUUGUGAAAUGUUGCAAAGUACCCAAAAGGAACUAGAGAAGAUAUGCUCUAUAAAAAAAAACCGGUUUUUUGGCAAACCAAAGAAAUCUUUUAUUUGUUUUAUCCGCUUGGACAAGCAAUGGAAAUGUAGCCCGUGCAGCCCAAUGAAAUAAACUAUUAAAAAACUGUAAAUUUUAGAAAAGGUAUUCAUUGUCCUGUUUUGGGUAUAAUUUCACCAGGUUUUCGAGUACAUACCAAUGUGUUUUCUUUUAUGAUGAAGAAAUACGAACGUAACGAGAGCAUGGGUACAUAAUUGUAUUUCCGGUUCAUACAUACAGCCUUUGAUAGUGAUCGCAAAUAGAUGCCUAACAAUGUCCAAUGAUCAAAAUCAAUACUAUUAGCAUUGAUCUCCAUUUCAGAAGCAUUUGAAAUAUGUUAUUAUAGUUUAAGAAUAAUUAAGAAUUGUUUGAAUUCUCUUACGAUAUUUUUUAGUUUUUUUGACAUUAAAAAUAUAGUCAAGGUAUUUUGUUCUUAAAGGAUUUUGCUUUGGUUUCAGUCAAACAAGCCUAGGUACUCACUUCAAGGUUGUUUUACAUUUACAGUGCAUUUAUGGUGCGUAUAGCACAUUCAAAAUGGUAAUGUCGUAAACGAUGUAAAAUUGAUUCUUAAAUAAACUAGCUUAAUAGAAAAUGUUAAUCUUUUUAAAUUAUUUACGACAUGUUGUGUUUACGUGUAAGGUUGUUAAUUAUUUGUAAAAAAAAAGUUUAAUUUAUGCAAAGGGUUAACCUAAUAUUAUGACUGCAUUUUCGGACACAUCUAAUAAGGUAGGGUUUUGCCUUAAAACAAAAAAAAAGGCUAUGGAUAAUUUUGCAUAGAUUGUAUUAAUAUUUUAUGUAAUAUGUGAAUUUUUGGAUCGCAUACCAUGUGACUUAUGAAAAGUACGGCUGUUAUUUGCUGAAUAAUUUUUUUGUAAACGAACAAAAUGAAUAAAUGACACGUUAAAAAAACAA